AUGACAUUUGCUCUGAUCACUAUUCCCAAUUCUACCUUAGAUGAUCUAAUUACUUUUCUUGUGGUUGGUCGAACUCCAGAUGUAAUGCUCAAUUUGGUGUCUCCUACCAAUAAGCUUUUGAUUAAAUACAAAGAUUUUAUGGAGCCAACUCCUUUUGGUAUUCUUCCUAAGAAGGUUACUUUUGAAGCGGCAGAGGGAUCUUCCAAAGAAGCCAAGGUUAUGAAGAUGAAGAAGCAAACUGUGAAACCUAAAGCAGUUGAGGAAGAGGUUUCUAAAAAAUUUGUGUCUGCAAAGUUAGGAAAGGGGUUCUUAAGAAAACAAGGAAAUAUAUUCCUAAGAGAAUCAAUAAACGAUGGUUUUGACAUGCAACCAGAGAAGAUAUCUAAGAAGGUUACUAAUGAGGUUCCUACUCCAGUAGGUGUUUCAACUCCUGAUUAUCCUUAUACAAAGAAGAGAAAAUCGCUAAAAGUUGAACAAAGGAAAAAGAAGUUUAAGCCUUAUCAUGUUGAAACACAUAUGACGCAUGUUACAACUGCUACAAAGGAUGCAUUGAAUGGUUCGUUUCAUGUUUCACUUAGGAAGGACACCUCUGCCAAAUCGAUGUUCAAGGAGACAACUAAUCCUGAUGUCAAUGUGAACAUAUCUGAGAAGACAAUUCUGGUGGACAAACAAUCACAUCACUCCCAGAGAAGACAAUUUUCACACUACCCUAGGUUUCGCAUUCAAGUCCAAUAUGGAGGAGGACAAAACUUCAAAUAUCAAUGA